AUGACACAACGUGCUGGAGUUGCAAAUGACGAAACAAAUGAACUGUCUGAAAGCGCUAUCUUCAAUGAGUUAAUUAAAAGAAGAAAUCCCAGUUGGGCGAUUGGACAAGCAGGUCAUGACGAGGCGAGCAUGACAACAUCACCAUUAAAAGGGAAUGAAGCUGUUUAUACCUUUAGAUGCUUAUGAUAACCUUAAAACAAGAAUUCCCAACAUUGAUGCUCAAGUUCGCACAGAGGAAUAUGAACACGCAUUUGUAGGAAAAAUUGUCUCAGGUUGGCUUAAUUUAAAAAAGACAAGAAACACAAUAAAAAUUGACAAACAUAUAAAAAGA